AUGGCAGAUGCUCUCACCUGGAGCUUCGUUGUGUACGUUGCCGGUCAGAUUACUUCCUUGUGUGUCAAGCCUCUUUCUGAAGUAAAGCUGACGUCAUCUUUCCGUGGUCUUUUAAUCUCUAAGGUUUGAAUCAUCAGUUUCUGUUGUAUAGACAGGAUAUUCCGAUAGUUCUUUAACAUAAAUAUCCUUUUAUACAGGAAUAUAAUGAGGUUUUCUGGCAUAUAUGUUGCGAUCUUUCAUAAAUAUUUUAAGUGAUAUAUGUAUAUAAAAAAAACAAAAGGAGAGAGAAUUUGUAUUAAAACUGUGUAUAUAUAGUAUUCUAAAUGAAACUCUAAAUAUAGUAUUUGAUUAUUACAUAACAUAAUAGCCAUUUCAUUAAAAAAAAUAUAUAUAUGUAUAUGUAAAAAAAAAAUUAUUACAUUUUUAUAAAAAACAAAUAAAAACGCUAACUUUGGCCAGCGUUUGUGACUAAAUGGCUACUACAAAAGACUGGAAAUACCCCAUUUUGAAUACCCUGGGUUAUCAACAUUUGAAAAUGGUAUGCCAUGAUGGGUUCUUUCACAUUCCUGGGCUACCAUACGGUCUCAAAAAACACAGACCCAGAAAACCAAUCUGGCAAACUGAAUUGGCAGACAGACAGAUGUCAGAGGAUAAAAAAAAGCUCUACUGCAAGAAGGCAAGCUGGAACAAGGGAGGCAAAUGGAUCACUCUAUCAGGAGGAGGCUUUGGCCCAACACGCAGAACUAAGUCAAUUAGAAAAACGUAUUACCGGUCCUUACAAUGGGCAGACUUAACGUAGAAAGACUAGUCAGAAACAAGCCGAAGUCAGGGGCAAAGACAGGAGCAAAAACGAGAAGACAAAGCCAGAGGAUCAGGGAUACCAGAAAUACAAAUAAUCAGAACAAGCCAAGAUCAAAAAACAGGAAUCAAUAAAACAAACGCGCUCUCAGAUAACCAAAGAAGUGGAAACCACGACAGGGCAAGGAAGAAAUAAAGAAUUAAAUUCAUUGGUGGACAGAGGUCACCUGACUCCAGCACGUGCAUGUGCGUUCUUUGUGUGACCGCACACGCACGUCUGCGCGACUUCAAACCCAGCUGGAGGCUAUAUCUUGUGCUGCCCUUACAGUGCCCGACGUCCAUUGUAAUACCGCGCUCGCUGGGGAUGAACACGUCUGCGGAUCUGGCUGAGAUCCGCCGCAACUUAGGCAAGUCUAUUUUCUUUUCUAAGUGACCACACCGAUCUGCUGCAGUCACGUGGUGUUGAGAAGCCGGGAGUCGUGACACACUAAUUUCAGCCAGAAGCUCUAUGCUACAGUGUCAUGAAUUUGGGAGGCGACUGACUUAACUCCACACACCUAUAUAACCAACAUCUAUUUCAAAUGAUACAAAAUACAGAUUGCGCUGAAUACUGUGUGUAUUAGGUUUAAUAAAACUAUUCUUUGGAUGAUCCUGGCUUGGAAUCGUCCAGGCUUCGGUUAGUGAUGAGUAUAUGUAACAAAACCGAAAAUAACCAAUAAUAGUGCAGAUACCCAAAUACUUAGUGUAGGACACAAAACAAGGAUAUGUGGGAUCACACUCUCAUUGUUGGAGCUAUAGACCAGCUCUGAGUAAAACCGAUUUACAGUGGUAUAAUCCCCACUGGUUAAUAUGUAGCUCUUUAGGUGUAAGUCUCACAGAUCCAAUAUAAAAAAGUAAAUCAUAAAAAGCAAACAAUAGUGCUUACUAAAUAAAACCAAAAACAGGUGAAAAAUAUAAAUAGUAAUUCACUCACAUUUAGUAGAGCAAUAACACCGCUCAUGAGAUAGCGUUUGGGUGUUGUGAUCUCCACCAAGGAUAUAAUGUUGAGUAGAUUCUCCUGAAGGCAAUCCUUGCCAGGGGUUGGAUGUAGAGUAGAGUAGAUACUUCAGGUGUUUUAAAUGUGCCAGGAACAGUCAAAAUAAUACAAUGUAAUAAAUGGUCUUGCACUAUAAAAUAGGUGUAAGCCAAAUAAACUUUAAUGUUUAAAAACAAUAUUAACGCACACACAAUGCAUUUCACCAAACAAGGGGCUUCUUCACGUGUACAUAGUAUUAGCCUGGCACAUAUGGAUUUAUAGCAUGUAAGCUCAUCGAGCAGGGCCCUCAACCCCCUCUGUUCCUGUACGUCAGUGGUUUGAUCUCAAUUAUGUGUCUGUUAGUCCACCCAUUGUACAGCGCUACGGAAUUUGUUGGCGCUAUAUAAAUAAUAAAAUAAUAAUAAUAAUAAUAAUAUAGGGUUCUUUGACUUCAAAUGACACAUUAACAGGAAGUAGACAAAAAAAAACUGAUUUUAAGUCAACUAUUUAACAUUGGUUUUAUUCAGACAGGUGAAAUAGCUCAGUGUGCCAAUGCGCCAUCCCAAGAAUACGCCCAACCCCUGGGGGCCACAGGUUCAAAUGUCUCACCUGCCGGAUUUUAUGUCGGCAUUUGAACCUGCGGACCCCAGGGGUUGGGCAUAUUUUGCUGGUGGUGCCUUGGCCCAAUGAGCUAUCUCACCUGCCAUAUUUUAUGUCAGGUGUAUAAACAAAGUGAUUUAACGCCUAAAUGGCAGAGAAUUGAUCAUACAGGGGCAUGACCUAUACACGUAAACUGCUUCAUUGAGAUUUUUUUUUUAUUUAUUUUUUUUAUUUUUUUUUUUUUUGCCUACAUUUUCCAUUUGUUAUUGGAAAAGUGCCAGAAGUGGUUGUAUGAUUGACAACCACUAGAAGACCACUGACUGACAAAUGUAAAAACUUGUUACUCAAAACUGUCAAUGCUUAAAUUUGUAAAAACUGCGUAAAUAGAAUACUAAUAGUUAAUGGAAUUAAUUUAUUAAAACACACUAUUCUGUUAUGGAGGAGCAAUGAAAGAUGAUUGGUGCCUAUUUUGGCUAGUUUUUGUUUCCUGUUAACAGUGUAAGUAAAUAAAGAGUGAGCAUAGCUUAAAGGGGUUUUAUUACUUAAAACAUUGGUGCUGCAAAGUAACCAUUGCAAUUAAAAAAAAAAACAAAAAAAAAAAUCUGCAAUACUUUACAUUCAGGACUAAGUGGGACUGGGACACUGCACCCAGACCACUUCAUUGAAAUGAAGCUGUCUGGGUUAAUAUAGUGUCCCUUUAAGUCUCCUCUCCGAAAUAAUAAAAAAAUUCACUUGGUAUUCUUAACAAUUUGCAUUAUAGUGAAUGCUUCUGAAAGUAAAUAAAGGCUAAUGGACAAACAAACUAACUUAUUAAAUGUCCCCCAAACAUUAAAAGUGAACUAUUACUCUGUUUAUUUGUGUGUUCCAGGAUUUCGGGGUACUGGGAAAAGUGGAGUUCUAGUUGAGUUCAGUAAGCUCUCAUUUCAUUUUCGUUCCUAUGGCGAUCUCACUGACCAAGAAUUAGAGGAAAUAUGUGAUUUCCUGUAUCAGAAAGUGACAUCGAGAGAGAAAGCUGCGCUCUCUCAGCUUAAAUCUUGCUACAACACAUUCCGCAGGUGAGUGCUUUGUAAGCAGAAUGGUGCCUUUUUUCUGAUUGUGAGGAUAAUUCCAUGAGUUGUAUAACUCCUUGUGAGCCUGCUUCGGUUAGUGCUAGUACUCCGUGAUUGGAACAUCCCGUAGAUCAUUGUGAGGCUGCUUCGAUGAGUGCUAGAACUCAGUGAAUGGAAUGUCUUAUAGCUUAUUGAAAGGCUGGUGUAUGCUGAGUGCUAUGACGAUAGGAAUGUAUCACAGCUGAUUUUGAAGAUAUUAAAGGGACACUGUAGACACUAUAACCAUUUCACCUUAUUGAAUUGGCUAUUGCUGCCCUGACUAAUUACCUGGGGAGUACCUGGCACAGGAGCUUCACCUAUAGGCAUCAGGUGGAAGCUUAACUGUUAAUAAAUUGGGAUGGACCGGUACCAUUUGCCACCUAGGGCAGCAGUUGGGGGCUCCGUUAAAAAUGUAGCGCGACAUACUAAAGUUACCCCAACCCCCACCAAUUAGACGCAGGUAGGGGCUCUAAAAUUAACCGGGACAUACUCUAAACUGUGGUGGGUGGGAGACAUUGUUUAAUAAAUAAGAUCCCAUUGACAUGGAUGCCAAUAAAGUUACUGUUUUGUUUGCUUUUUUUUCUCCUAGCGUGGCAUACAGGACAAGCAGUGCAUGCGCAGAACAAGUCAGUGCAGAACGUAGCUCUCAGCUCAAGUCUCUGCUUCUGGAAUACUUUGAGAAAAAAGACCCCCUAGACAUGUUGGGAGGUGAUAAUAUCGAAGAGGAGGAGCUAAUUGAUUUAAAGGUAACACUUCACAAACUGCAAACACACUACUUGUGUGUAUUCAAUACUUGUAUUUGGCUCCUAUUUGUGCUGCAUCAUUCUCCAUAUUCAAAUCUGUUUGGUUGUGCUAAAAAAUUAUCCAGUGUAGCUCCCCCUCUUUAGCUAUGUUCCAUCUUUUCACCUAAGUUUCACAGUUUCCUUUGCAACCAUAAAAACAUUUUGUAAAAAUGGGGAGGAGUAGAUUAUACUCAGAUUAUACUUCAGACUGACAACUAGCAGAGGUGCUUCCUUCCUGGAGACCAGCUUCAAUUUGCAAAAGUGUUUAUAUUGGGCAUUCUCACAAAAAAGGUUUUGUUUUUUUACAUCCUCAUUGUUCCUUUCGUGUAGAAAUGGCAAUAGUUUUGGGUAUAAGGAGAUGAUCCAGUGAGAAACAUGAAAGCAGCAACGACGUGUGCAUAAUACUAAAAUGUUCUGAUUAUUUAUCACCUAGAAAACCAAAAAACAUUGUUUUAUCAGUCUGAAAUAAUGUCUGUCCAUCCUAAAAAGGAAAUCAAUAAAUCAACCCCAGCUUUAAUCCUCUGUCUGUACUUCCUGUUAGCUCCUUUCAUGAUGGACCUGAGGUAUACUGCCAUUUUGUUGUUGGUUUUGUAUCUAUUCUUUUUUUUUUUUUCUCCUUUAACUCCUGUCAUUUUUAUCUGUUACAGUUGCAGGAUUGGAAAGACCAUAUCUGCUCUGAUGUCCGUCUUUUUCUAUCUAUUCGCCAUGAUGAGCGUUUUUCUGGCAGAGCAAUAGCACGGAUCUUCCACGGAAUAGGCAUGUACUGACAUAACACUGUGUGAGAUUGUGUAACAUUGCAAAUUAAUGCAUUUGUGUAAACAGUAGGGUAAAUAUUACACUUUCACAAAACUACAGAAAUUAAUUUAAUACAAAUAGACUGGGGUGGGAGAACAAUAUUCAAAUAUAUACGAACAAUAUAAAACAAAAGAACUAUCUCAAAGAUAUAGUGUUACUUGACAGUGCCUGAAAGGUAAAAGCUGCUCAACACUAAAAGUGGAAUACCCCUUACCCACAAUAAAGAACAAAUACAAAAAAUAAGGUAUAAAUAUUAUACCAAACAAGUGGAGCGCUCUAAACAGUAGAGGGGUUUACUCACCCCUUUUAAUGCAGUGACAAUAUUGAGAAGCUUGAAUAAACAUAAAAGGGAACAAGAAAUAUAGUGCAGACGGUUUUCCAAAUAGACAAUUGAUGGUAAUAAAUUACCUAAACCACUCACAUGGACAGGAGCCUAUACAAUAUUGGCUCCGUAAAAAGAUCCUUUGUCCCAGGCAGUAUCCCUCCAGGAAUAUACAACGAGAGAGAAAACAGAAAAUCAAUUGUGUAGAAAAGCACAUACUAUAUUAGUAUUAAAGGGAGUAAAUAGUUGGACUCACCUUUUCCAGAGCCCUGAAAUCCCGGCUCUGAGGUUGAUAAACAAUGUGCUACUUUUAGGGGGGAAUAGCACUGUCCCCAAUGGAGUUCCUGACGGCUAGAAAGGACUUUGGACUAAAGUGUAAAAUAAUAAUGUAUAAAUUUAUUGACAAUAAAAUCAAAAUAAAUACAUACUAAAAAAGUAAAAAAUCAAGUGUUAAGUCCAAUUGAAAGUCCAGAAUAAUCAGCUAAACGCGUUUCACUCUAUGAGCUUCCUCAGUAGCUGUAUAGUAGCCUCAGGAAUCCUUCUUCUUUUUAAAUGUUUGAAAGUCCUUUGGAGGACCUACAAGGACUUUCAAACAUUUAAAAAGAAGGAUUCCUGAGGCUACUAUACAGCUACUGAGGAAGCUCAUAGAGUGAAACUGCAAUCGGUUAAUGGGUGCCACACGACCCUCUGUGUGUGGACUCCUGGUUGGUAUCUCAUUCGUUUUACGAACAGCAGGUAAAGUCCCUGUUCGUGAAACGAACACAUGAAUGCUAGCGGCUUUCAGCUGCUAGCAUACGAAUGCUUUAGGAUAUAACAGUACAGGCAUACAUUAGAAUACAACAGUCCAGCGGCUUAUACAGACAACCUUUGCAGAUACAGCCAUGUAAUCUAAAAGUGGCUAGAUUUGCCACAGAGUUUAGUUUACCGUCCCUUUUAAAUAGAAUGUUAACGUUUAUAUAGCUCUCCUUACAACUUUACUGUAAAAGUAUACAUGUCAACAACUAUCAUGAUCACUAAAAUUAUGUAUCCAUGCCACGUUCUUAAUAAAAACGUAUUUUAACCCAAAAAAUGACCGUAAAGCCAAUAUUUGCAUUUGUUCUCCUGCCAUUUGCAAAUUAAAUUAGGAUCUGGGUGGGAGCUUAAAUUACCCAUGGGCAGAUACAGUGAGGGAAUAAAGUAUUUGAUCCCCUGCUGAUUUUGAAUGUUUGUCCACUGACAAAUGAUCAGUCUAUAAUUUAUGUAUGUGUAUUUUAACAUUGAGAGACAGAAUAACAAAAAAUAAUCCAGAAAAAUGCAUGUCAAAAAAGUUAUAAAUUGAUUUGCAUGUCAAUGAGUGAAAUAAGUAUUUGAUUCCCUAUUAAUCAGCAAGAUUUGUCUUCCAGGUGUCUUUUAUACAGGUAACGAGCUGAGAUUAGGAGCACUCUCUUAAAUAGUCUCGACUCAUUGCCUGUAUAAAAGACACCUGUCCACAAAUGCAAUCAAUCAGAUUCCAAACUCUCCAAUAUGGGCAAUACCAAAGAGCUGUCCAAGGAUGUCAGGGACAAGAUUUUAGACCUACACAAGGCUGGAAUGGGCUACAAGAAUAGCGGCUGGUGAGAAGGUGACACAGUAGGUGCGAUUAUUUGCAAUUGGAAGAAACACAAAAUAACUCUUCAUCGGUCUAUUGCUCCAUGCAAGAUCUCAUUUUGUGGAAUUUCAAUGAUCAUGAGAACGGUGAGGAAUUAGCAGGAGGAUCUUGUUAAUGAUCUCAAGGCAGCUGGGACCAUAGUCACCAAGAAAAAAAAAUUGGUAACACACUACGCUGUGAAGGACUGAAAUUGUGCAGUGCACAAAAGGUCCCCCUGCUCAAGAAAGUACAUGUACAGACCCAUCUGAAGUUUGCCAACAAACUUCAAUUCAAUGAUUCAGAGGAGAACUGGGUGAAAGUAUUGUGGACAAAUGAGACCAAAAUUGAGCUCUUUGGCAUCAACUGAACUCGCCGUGUGUGGAGGAAGAAUGCUGCCUAUGACCCCAAGAACACCUUCAAACAUGGAGGUGGAAACAUUAUGCUUUGGUGACGUUUUUCUGCUAAGGGGACAGGACAACUACACCAAAUCAAAUGGGCGAUGGACGGGGCCAUGUACCGUCAAAUCUGGGAUGAGAACCUCCUUCCCUCAGCCAGGCUAUUGAAAAUGGGUCAUGGAUGGGUAUUCCAGCAUAACAGUGACCCAAAACACACAGACAAGACAACAAAGGAGUGGCUCAAGAAGAAGCACAUUAAGGUCCUGGAGUGGCCUAGCCAGUUUCCAGACCUUAAUCCCAUAGAAAAUCUGUGGAGGGAGCUGAAGGUUCAAGUUGCCAAACAUCAGCCUUGAAAUCUAAUGACUUGGGAAGGAUCUGCAAAGAGGAGGGGGACAAAAUGCCUCCUGAGAGGUGUGCAAACCUGGUGGCCAACUUCAAGAAACGAAGGGUUUUGCCACUGAGUACCAAGUCGAAAUGGCCAAAUACUUAUUUCACUCAUUGACCUGCAAAUCAUUUUAUAACUUUUUUGACCUGAGUUUUUCUGUAUUUAUUUAUAUAUAUAUAUAUAUAUUUUUUUUUUUGUUAUUCUAGCUCUCACUGUUAAAAUACACCUACCAUUAAAUUUAUCGACUGAUCAUUUCUUUGUCAGUGGACAAACGUUCAAAAUCAGCAGGGGAUCAAAUCCUUUUUCCACACUGUAAACACUGGAUGUUGAGUUAAAGGCUUCCAAAUCCCCCUGCCUCCAUUAUAAAGCAUACUGCCCAACCUUCUAGUGAUGCAUAACUUCAGUAACUCCUGUUUCUGCAGAGAAAAUAUCUUGUUGGCAUCUAAAACUGUAAGUGAGUUAUCCCCUUUAAUUUUGUGGUCUGUGACCCUUGCAAAAUCUGAUUACACAUGAAGGCUCACAUUCAUGUUCUGUUCCACAGCUAGCCCCUGCUAUCCUGCUCAGGUGUAUGGAAGAGAUCGGCGGUUCUGGAGGAAAUAUAUCCAUCUCGAUUUCAACAAAAUCAUGCAGCUCGCCAAGGAGGAGAUUAUCCAUCAGAAAUGAUAAAACCAGACAUUGUGCAGAGAAUACAUCCACUAAGAGUUCUGGGAUAUUUGGGGAGGGGAUCAUGCAUCCACAAGAAACGUCAUGUGACCUGGUGGGGUAGAGGCAGGUAACUUGGGGAGUGUAAAGAUGGGAGAUCAUGCAUUAACAAAAAGUUCCAUGGACAAGAAAUUGUCCACAAAAAGAGACCUGUAUGACAUGGGUGGGGUGUAAGGGCAGGAGAGCCGCAUAACAUGAACUAUCAGGGAGGGAGGGGGAAUAUUGGGACGGGAGAGCUGUGUGACAUGGGGCAAGUGUCAAGGUAGGAGUGUCAGGAUGGAAGAGCUGUGUGACACUGAGGAUAUUUAAGGGUAGAAGAGCUGGGUGACAUUGGGAGUGUCGAGGCGGGAGAGCUGGGUGACAUGGAGUGUCGGGGCGGGUGAGCAUACAGUCACAAGAACUGAACUGGACUAAGUAAUAAAAGGAUCUGCUAAUAUUAGAUAUGUCUCUUGAAAUCUAAUAAUUGGUUAUACUGUUUAUAAAGAGACUGUUUUAUUUUGUUACUGUGUUUACUUGUAAUAAAGAUUAAUUUUAUUUUUCUACUU